AUGGCCCCACCUCAAAAUCAGACAUCGUUUAUACAAAGUAUGCUGCAAAACAGCACUAUUCAAACUUCGGAAUUACAUGAGAUGGCCCCAAAAAACGCCCACCACUUCCUUUGUAUUAGUACUGGGAAAAAGUGGCGCAACAAACUCCCAAGCCAGGUUGUCAAUUUAGAAAGAAAAAUAACACAGAAAUGUGUUGUUGCAAAAUAUGGCUUCACUAUAAGUAAUGGUGGAUCUAUUAGAAUCAGAAGUAUUCUAGACAUUUCUGAAGAUGGUGGAGAGUAUCAAGAGAAAACUUAUACAGAUGGGGCUAAACGUAUCGUAAACACUACUAAAGAUGGUAAUAACUAUCAAGAGAACACAUAUGCAGAUGGUUCCAGACGUAUUGUAAACACUUUAAAAGAUGGCAGCGAAUACAAAGAAAGUACUUAUUCCGAUGGGACCAAACGUAUUGAAAACACUACUAAAGAUGAAAAAUAUCAAGAGAAUACAUAUUCGGAUGGAACCAGGCGUAUCGCACACACUUUCAAAGAUGGUAGCAAAUAUAUAGAAAGAACUUAUUCAGAUAAGAGCAGACAUAUUGAAAACACUGAUAAAGAGGGUAAUAAGUAUCAAGAAGAUAUUUAUUCAGAUGGGACCAAACGUAUUGUAAACACUUUUGUAGAUGGUAGCGAACAUAGAGAAACAACUUAUUCAGAUGGGACCAGACGUAUUGCAAAUACUACUACAGAUGGCAACACCCAUACAGAGACUAUUCGUCCAGAUGGCAAGAGAAGGAAUUGGAAAAGAUCAUCAGAUGUAAUUUAUGGAACGAGUUCUUCAAAAACGGACCCAAAUGACGAUGGUCAGGAGUUUAAUGAAGAAAGUAAUAUUACAGAGAAAUGUGUUAUUGCAAAAAAUGCCUCCACUAAAAGUAAUAGUGGGUGUAUUAGAAUUAGACGUAGUCUAGAUAAUACUGAAGAUGGUGGAGAGUAUCAAGAGAAAACUUAUCCAGAUGGGACCACACGUAUCAGAAACACUACUAAAGAUGGAAAGUAUGAAGAGAAUACAUAUUCAGAUGGGACCAAACGUAUUGUACAUACUUUAAAAGAUGGCAGCGAAUACAAAGAAAGUACUUAUUCUGAUGGAACCAAACGUAUCAGAAACACUACUAAAGAUGGAAAGUAUGAAGAGAAUACAUAUUCAGAUGGGACCAAACGUAUUGUACAUACUUUAAAAGAUGGCAGCGAAUACAAAGAAAGUACUUAUUCAGAUGGCACCAAACGUAUCCGAAACACUACUAAAGAUGGAAAGUAUGAAGAGGAUAUAUAUUCAGAUGGGACCAAACGUAUCAGAAACACUACUAAAGAUGGAAAGUAUGAAGAGGAUAUAUAUUCAGAUGGGACCAAACGUAUCAGAAACACUACUAAAGAUGGAAAGUAUGAAGAGAAUACAUAUCCAGAUGGGACCAAGCGUAUUGUACACACUUUCAAAGAUGGUAGCGAACAUAGAGAAACAAUUUAUUCAGAUUUGACCAGACGUAUCGCAAAUACUCCUACAGAUGGCAACACCCAUACAAAGACAAUUCGUCCAGUUGGUAACAGAAGGAAUUGGAAAAGAUCAUCAGAUGUAAUUUAUGGAACGAGUUCUUCUUCAAAAACGGACCCAAAUGACGUUGGAGCAGUCUUUGUAUCUGCGGAAUCUUCUGGAAAUCGCGGCAAUGCCUACUCUUCUGCUGACUUGUUGUUGGUGCUGUCAGCCGUAUUAAGUGUAUUACAUAAACUAUUACAUUAAGUUUCGUAUUCUAUUGCUUUAAAUCUUGAUUUAAAAUCUGUGUUUAAACAAAUUAUAAUUUUAACAAAU